AUGAAAGUGUUUAUCGCAAUCGCCGCCCUGGUGGCCGUGGCCGUCGCAGCCCCGGCCCCGGCAGACCAGAGUGCCAGCGCCAGCGCCGGCGGAGCGUUCAGCAUGAUGGCCAAGUACUUUGGCACCUGUCUGGAUAGCGACGAGAUGGGCACCUGUUUCGCCGUCAAGGGCAUCACCGCCCUGAACCGGGCGGCCCGCGCCGCCAACAUCGAGCUGGCACCGGGUGUGACGUUCGCAAGAGACCCGUCGGUGCCGGCCGAGCGCACCGGAAAGGCCAUCUCGGAGAACGAGAUCAUCAACACGCUGCCGGCUGACUCGGAGCAGAAGACGGACGCCCU